AUGCAUCAAUGGAGUCGUCGGCUUCAUGCUGUGAAUAAGUCCUCUGGUCACCGCUGGAGUGCCAUUCCAAAACCCCCACCGCCGCAUGUGGAUCGUCUCUGCGGUACACACAGUGUUCUCCACACACUCCGUUCUUUUUAUCUUUCCACACGGCGCCAACAUCCACAUCGGCGUCAACUGCACCGUUUGUUUGUGCGGGACUUUCGUCUUGCACAGAGUAGUGUAGAGAAUAAACAAAAUAAUAAUGAUGAUAAUGAUAAUGAUGAGCGUCAUCACACUGGGAUCAGCCAUAGUGAGAAGACACCGAUGAGGAUGAAGAAGAAGAUGAUGGAAGGAAAGAAUGAGAAUGAGAAUAGACGUGCUAGUUAUUAUGAUGAUAAUAAUAAUAAUAAUAAUAAUAAUAAUAAUAAUAAUAAUAAUGAUGAAAAUGAUGAUGAUGAUGCUGUUUGGGUACCACCGCAGUAUUUAAAUCUACGACGAAUUGUAAAACUUGCACGUGCUAUGCACAUAGAUGUGCAGCCGGUGGAAAGACGAGAAUUGGUGCAACUCUGUGGAGAACGACGGAAUCAAAAUGUCGUACUGGAAGUAUCGAGUUUUACACCCAAAGAGGUAGUUGCAUGUCCAUGGGAUACCAGAAACAAUAAUAAUAUUAAUAGUGAUGAUAACAAGAGAAAUGAAAAGGAACACAUUUAUCAUGAUGUUGUGCUUUUCCUUGAUCACAUUAUAGAUCCUGGUAAUGUAGGGGCGAUAAUGCGAUCCGCUUUCUUCUUGGGUGUACAACGCGUUGUGUUGAGUUGUGAUAGUGCGGGAUGUACUCCAGCAGUGUCAAGGGCGAGUGCAGGAUUAAUGGAACAUAUGAAUAUUUAUCGCAGUGUGGUCCCUACAGUGACAUUCCUUGAAAAUACAAUAGCCCAACAUAAAGUAAGAGAGAAUAAACAGAAGCUGGAGGUGUAUGCAGCCGUGGCAACACCAUGGGGAACAGCUGUGCAUGAAAAUACAAGGAAACGGGAAGAAGAAGAUAAACAACAACAACAACAACAACAACAACGAGUAAAUAAGGAGGAGAAGGAAGAUAAUGAAAAGAAGAAGAAGAAAAAAGAAGAAGAACAACAAUAUCAUCCCCGACGUCGUCUAGUACUACUUGGUAAUGAAGAUAAAGGAUUACCAACAGAGGUGGUGCGAUUGUGUACACAUAGUGUACAUAUCCCUUCUCUAAGGAAUAAACAACAACAACAGAGGACUACAACUAGUAAAGAUGAUAAGGAUAAGGAUAAAGAUAAGGAAAUAUUUGAUUCAGCGAUAUUAAAACCACAGGAGGUGUCGUUGAAUGUCAGUGCAGCGAGUGCUAUUAUUCUCACAGAGUUGUUGGCUGGUCAACACGCUGUUGAGGUCCGUCCAAUACGUUGA